AUGGAUGCAAGUGGACUUACAAGAUCACAGAUGUCGGCAAUAUCAAAACAAUAUCAAAAUGACUUAUAUCAAGACCCGCUCUAUUUACGCCACCGUGCUAAAGAAACCGAAGGUCCGCUUACCACAAGCUCAAGAGUCGCUGAUACACUGUUCAAAAUUAUUGGAAAUUAUAAGGAUGUUGACAAAUCUUCAAUCACAAAAAUAGACCAAUUCAUUAACCAAGGUAUUUACAACAAUUUAAUGUACAAUGGUUUUGAUGCUUCUUUAACUGCUGCAGAUGAAGACAAUGAUGAAGCUCAAAAAGGUUCCACACCAGGUAGAUUUGAAAAUAUAACUAUAAAUCAGCUAUUAAAAAGAAUUUUUAGUGAACAAGAAGAGUUAGUCAACCAAACCAAAACCAGUAAAGAGAAUUUGAAAUUGCUGCUGUUAAAGAUCAAUGCUACAAGUAUAAGAAGUGGAGAAAAUACGCUGAAACGAAUCCAAGAAUUGAGAUUGAAAAAAGAAGAGCUGAUUUCGGUUGAAAAUUACAUCAAUCAUAUGAAUAACUUUAAGUCGCUUGCUACAUUGGUAUCUGAAUCAAACAAAUCAGCUACAAUUAUCAUAAGAGAUUCUGAAAUUAAGAAAUUUUAUAUGAAAUCUCUGAAUUCAUCAGAUGAUUACAAACAAUUCCUAUACAUGAAUGGUAUACAUGGUAUUAUCAAAAAGGUGAAUUUAGAUGAAUUACAAGAAGAGAUCUUAAAUCUAAUUAUUGAUGCAGCUAAGUUGGGAUCGCUUAAAACCAAUGUUACUGUUCAGAAUGAAGUGAAUUAUGCUGGUAAUAGAUUUUCAAGUAAAUCUGAUGGUCCAAGAGUUAUUGAUAAUAGAAUUGGUACUGAAAAUAAUAGUAAGAAAAGAAAAUAUAACACAAGUGGUCAUUAUAAUGAUGAUGAUGGUAAUAAACGGUGUCCUAUGGAAGGCCAUUACAAUCACAAGAUAAAAGAUUGCAGAAAUUUACAGUGGUUAUUUAGACCAAAUAAGUCUGAAGAUGAAAAUAAAAGUACAAGAUACUAUUUUAACUGUAGCUUAAUAACCAAUUUCACUGCAACAGCUAAUAAUAUACUCAAAGUUCCAUUAACUAUACUGGUGGAUAGUGGUGCAAACUGCCACGUCCUGUUUAAUGGCAAACAAACUCUUGAUGAAUAUGAAGUUAUAGAAAAGGAUGUUGAAGAGAUUUUCAUGGCUAAUGGACAAAAGACUUAUGUACAUGGUAGAGGUAAAUUAAGAUUGUUUCUCAAAAACCAAGAAAUAGUACUGGAAAAUGUGUUGAAUAUUGAAACAAAAUUGAAUUAUAUUGAAAAAGAACAGAAAUUAUUACUAUCUGCAACAGCUUUAGCAAAGAUUAAUGUAUUUCUUGAUAUGAGAAAGAAAUCAAUGGUUAAUCAAUCUGGAGAAAUCUUACAAGAACUUGAUGAAAUAGAUGGUUUAGUAGUGCUGGAUUCAUCAGUGUUGAAACAAGGAAAAAAUCAUUCAAGCACAACAAGUUCUCAAAACCACAAAAGAAGAAAAUUACAUCAUGUCAAUGAUAAAGAACAAAAUUCCGAAGUGGAAAAUCAGGUUUCUCAUAGAAAAUUGGAUAAUUUACAUAUUAAAUGUGGUCAUUUUUCAAAAGGAAUGUUAAAAUCACUAUAUGAGAAUAAUCAACUCAUAGGUAUCACUGAGCUAGAUAAACAAGAAUUUGAAAAACAGCUACAGAUUGCAGGUGAUUGUACCAUUUGUCAACAAAACCGAUUCAAAAACAAGCCAGCAUCACAAGGUCGAGCAACUAGACACUACAAGUUAUAUGAACCGGGGGAAUUUUAUGCGUGUGACCAUAUAAUUGUUCCUAAAAACUUGAUUGUACCUUUGGGGUUUUCAGCAUUAUUAGUGAUUAAGGAUGUUCUGUCUGGUUUAGUUCACAUUGAGGUACAAAAAACGAGAAGUAAUACUGGUGAUUUGGUUAAGAAAUUUAUCAAGAAGUCCGAUCGUCAAAACUUAAAUAGAGUGAAGGUGUGGCAGACGGAUAACGCUCUUGAGUUCCGAUCCAUGAAUCUCGAAAGUGAAAUAGGAGUUAUACAGAGGUUUAGUACAAAUUACCGGUCAACAAACAACAGCUCCGUCGAGCGUGAAAACGGAUUGGUCAUGGAGAACUCUAGAACCAUUUUUCAUUUGAUUCCGAAGGAAGUUAAAAGAUUGAAACAUUUCAAAUAUGCUAUUUUCCAUGCUGUUGCUUUAAGAAAUAUUGUGAAGUCCAAAACAAUAAAAAUAGAUCUAACAGAAUUAUUUCCUUUUGGAAGUUUGAUGAUAACAAAUUCAAAUCAAAAAGCUCUUCACAAAAUUAAUAUUAGAGGUGACUUGGCUGUAAACCUUGGUGCAAAUGACUUAUCAACUAGUGGUAAUAUUGGUUUGAAUUUACUUAUUGUUAGAACUGGAGAAAUUAUAAGCACAACAAAUUACAAAGUGGUUAGAGAUCAAUCACAAGGCCUAUUGGAAUUGAAAAGAAUAGUUAGUGAAAAUUCAUCAAAUUGGAAUCAAACCAGUGAUAAUAUGGAAAAUUCAGAUACUCUACAAGAAGAGUUCAACGAAUUCCUAUUACUUCAAUAUCAAACAUCAAAUGAAGAUCAAAUCAAAUUUACUACAUCAAGGGAUGAUAGCACCAAUACAGAAUCACAACUACAAACACAAGAAAAUACUUCUGGUGAGAAUUUGCAUUACCAAAACUAUGGUGAAACGACAGUACAAUCUUUAGCAUUAAAUGAUUUAGGUGAAAAUACACCAGAAAAAGAUAAUGAUUAUGGAAGAAAUAGUUCUACCAAUCAAGAUAAUAUAGAUAAUAGUACUGAGGAGGCAAAUGAUGGAAUAGCUACAGAAAAUUUGAGAGAUCAAAGAAAUGAGAUUGAAGAAACAUUAAAUGAGCCUAUUCCAGAAGAUGCAACCGUACCAGCUAAACAAAUAGAUGUGACAAAUUGUACAAAUGAAGGUGUUAAUACAGGUUUAGAAGGUCAAGAUAGUAUUGAACAUCAUAAUAACGAAAAUACCAAUACAGAACAUGUGGUACAGAUGAAUCCAUUGAUUGGUGAAGUAUCAGAACAACAAAGCAUAACUAAUAUCAAUGAAAAUUCAUUAACAGAAGCUGAAACUUUUACUGGUGUUCAUAAUCCAGAUACAAAUGAAACUCCAUCAAUUGAAGCUGAAACUACUACUGAUAAUCAUAAUGAAGCUGAUUCAAGUCAAAAAAUCGCAAUUCCUGAUUAUUUGAGAGAACAUUACAAUGACUCAGUAAGAGAAAUCGAAGUGGAUGAAAAUGCUACAAUUAAACAAAGAUUAAGAAGUAGAGCAAAUCAAACUUUGUUUAUCAACAUGGCUAAAUUUGAAGAGGAAGCAAUAUCAAAAUUGGACUCAACUAGUGAUCAAAAUGAAGGUGAAAUAGCCAAUACAAUCCAAACUGAAAAUACUGAUGAUAUCCCAGUUGGUCAACAAGACAUCAGCUUCAAAGAAGCAAUAAGAGAUAUAAGAUGGAAGAAAACCGUUCAAGCCGAAACAUCAGAAUUGAAAGGUAAGAAUGUUAUGACUCUUUUGAAAAAUAAAGCUGAGGCCCAAAAAUUGGUGAAAAAACUAAAAUCAAACAGAAUUUUACCUACACGUUGGGUUCAUACCAAGAAGCUGUCAAACCAGUUAAAGAGUCGCCUUGUGGUGAAAGGUUACUGUGAACCAACAAACCAACAGCAAGAAGACUUGUUUAGUCCUACUCUCACAAUAGGUAUUAUUAGACUUUUGUUAAAUUUAGCUGUUUACAAAAAUAAAUAUCAGUUGGCAACUAUAGAUUAUAAGCAAGCCUUUUUGAAUGGAAUAUUACCUGCUGGUCAAGAAAAAAUUAUCACCUACCAGGAUGAAAAUGAUGAAACCCAAUUUGCUAUUCUUCAUAAAAGUUUAUAUGGUCUUAAGAUUAGUCCAUUAAUUUGGAACUUGUUGAUUACAAAAAAGAUCAUCCAAGAAUUAGGCUUUGAAUGUCACCAAAUAUGUCCAACAGUAUUCAUCAAAAAAGGAAUAGACGGUGAUAUAGAAAGUGUUAUUGGUUUGUUUGUGGAUGAUGCUAUCAUUUUAAGUACACCAAGUAAAAUGAAACAUGUGGUAAAUGAAGUUUUAAGUUUAUUUGAAGGCUCUGUAACUUCAAAUCCAGAAGACAAAACGUUGGUGCUACUUGGCUCAAAUAUACACAAAGAAAUGAAUCCAGACUUUACAAUUAAGGAAAUUAAAAUGUCAAAAGAAAAGUACAUUAGCAACCAUAUAGAAACUGUACUAAAAGAUAAAGAAAGUUUUUUAAACAAGUUCUCCAAUACUCGUCUUGCUGAAAAUCCAAUUCAACAAGAUUUUACAAAACCAAAUGAAAAUUCAGUACUAGAAGUAAAUCAAAUGAGUUCACAUACUUUUGAAAGAAGGGUACACCAACUACAAAUUUUAAUGGGUAAAGCUAAUUAUUUGGCACAAACUCGUGGAGACAUUAGAGCUGCAACCACGUUAUUAUCAAGCUGGAUAACUAUUGUACCGUCAAAUGAGAUAUUUUUUCAGGUCUACAGGUUGUACAAUUACAUAGUAAGAACAAAAGACUUAUGUAUUGUAUUCAAACAAAAUACUUAUGAGAAUAAUGGAACAAAAAAUGUUAUAAAUUUAAACGUGUUUUCAGAUGCUAGUCAUAAUAAUUUACAAAGAUCAAGAUCGCUGUGUGGUUAUACAAUUUAUUUCAAUAAGUGUGGAAUCAUAGACUUUAAAUCUCAAGCUACAACAAACAUUUGUGUCAGUACCUGUGAAAGUGAACUUACCUCCAUUUUCUUUGCUUAUCAACGUGCUGUUUAUUAUAAGAAAGUUAUUACUAGAUUGUUUGAUAUGGAAGUUCAGAUAAAUCUACACACAGAUGCACAAUCUGCAAUCAAUUAUCUAACUACAGAGAAUGUAUCAAGAGAUAUGUUACAGGUCCAUUCAGAUUUAGAGAAGCUGAAAGAAGUUAUAUUAUAUAAACAAAAUCCAAGAUUCCAACUAUUGAAAGAAUUAGUUACACAAGAAGAGAAAGAAAAUGUUCACAUUUACAAGGUUCCUGGUUAUAGAAAUGUCGCUGACAUAUUAACAAAAUCCGUGACUGCUACUGUAUUUAGAAAUUUACUGCCCUACAUUUUGGGAGAAUAUCCUGAUGAAGAUAAAUUCAUCACAUCAUUGGGGACAAAUGAUAAAAAUCAAAAAAUUGUGGCUAAUAUGGCUCAAGUUACAAGAUUACACAGUGAAAAUUAA